UUCUCCAGUGGCACCGCAUCUUCCCCGAGCGCCACCGCCGCCGGAGGGACCCGCGCUGAGUCCCGAGCCAAUCGCGCUCUACGGCGGAGAGGCGAUGGACUCGGCGGGAGCGUCGAAGGCCGAGGAGGAGGUGGCCGCUUACCAGAGCAGCGAGGCCAAGCAGGCGAGGCUGCAGUCCAUGCUCGCGGCGCUCCUCGACGACCCCAUUCUGGCCGACGUCCCGAGGAAGCCCUCGCUGGCGGACGUGGACACGCUCAUCAACCUCGAGCUCGGCAGCGCCAUGAGGGUGACCGUCGUCAAGCUGGACAACACCUCGUUCGACGUCGCGGUGUUGAACACGGCUACGCUCAAGGAUUUGAAGCUGGCUAUCAGGAAGAAGAUAACUGAGAUAGAGCAAGGCCAGAUGGGCCAUCGUCACAUCUCAUGGAAGCAUAUUUGGGAGAACUACUGCCUGACACAUCAGAGUGAGAAGUUGAUAGAUGACAAUUCUGCACUUUCUUCUUACGACAUUCGUAAUAAUUCCAAGGUUUGUUUCUCACCGCACGUCAUGUCGAGGGUGCAUCAGAAGCAUUCUAGGAGAAGAAAACACCGUUUCUUCCACGGGCUUAGCAGGAGGAUGUGAUCCCACCUCGUGAUUUGUGAUCGGAGAAGCCCUUGCGACCAGUGGGGAGCGAUCACUUCCAAAACGAAGAAUGCUCCAAGAUUUAGCUAUGGCGACGAAACGGGGUAGAAUUUCGCGGAAGCAAUCCACUGAUUCGUUGAUGGCAUGCAGGAGUUGCAGAAGAUUGUGCGCGCUUGGGAAAAGCAGUUGGUACGUAGUGCACGGGCACGUCAGCUAAUGUGUGUUGUAAAUUCGAAGCUACUGGUUUGGUCGUGUAAUUUGCCAGUGGGAAGUGCACUUCACAAUAUGUUGUAAUGCACUUCAGGUUAUCUAUCUGCAGGCUUUUGCAGGUCAGCUAGCUCUGGUAAACUACUGACUGCUUCAUUUUUGGUUCA